CGUCACCGGAACAGCAUGGGGGCACGAGAGGCUGUAGAAAUGAAUGGGUGUAAAAAGUGUGCGUGUUGACACUAUCAGCAUUAAAUGCAACGUCGAGUUUUAGGUAGAUAAACACAGCCAAGCCUCACGGACUCAGCAAUGGAGUGUGACAUUUUGGACUCGUUAGAGCAGCUGGGCUAUGACGGUCCUCUCCUGGAUGAGAAGGCGCUGCUCGGAGCCGCAGAGGGAGGGCUGUCCUCUCAGGAAUAUGUGGACCUGUGCAGGUGGUUGUCAUCCAGGUUAAAGCCGCUGUGUGACCUGGAGGAGAGCAUUACAUCCGGUCCAGACGACAUAGACAGCCUCCGGGUUGAGAUGAGCGGUUUGUUGAAGGAGCUGCACUGUCCUUAUGAAGAAGUCGUUGCAAGCCUCCUCAAAGGCGGCGUGAGAAGCACAAAAGAUCGUCUCAAGUUUGUCUUGUUUCUCAGCUCUGAGCUUCAGUCGGCUCAGAUUGUGAGGAGUAGACGAGUCUCUGAGAAACGGCAAGAUGAGAAUCCGGUGUAUGAGGAGCUCGUGGCAAUCUGUGACACACUGAAGCUGCCGGAGCCCAGAGGAUCAGGCGCAGCAGGAGUCCUCUCCCAAAUACAAAACAAGGUUGAUAAGGUACUUAAAGACCUUCCAAAUGACUCUGUUGGAAAUCCAGUGCUGAAGAAAUCUCUCAGCAGUGAACAGUGGGAGAAGUUGCACAACAUCAACACAGUCCUGUCUUCAGAGUAUGAGUGUCGACGCAGGAUGCUGAUCAAACGGCUGGACGUCACGGUUCAGUCAUUUGGGUGGUCAGACAGAGCCAAGGUAAAGGUGGACAGCAUGGCGAAGGCCUACCAGCCUAAGAGACACUCUCUGAAGCCACAGUCCACAGUGGACAUGGCCAAGCUGCUGGCUGCCAGAGAAGACAUCUGCAAUGUGGUGAAGACCAGCAGCGGCUCCAGCAGAGAGAAAACUGCUUGUGCUGUCAAUAAGGUGCUGAUGGGGAGAGUUCCAGACCGAGGAGGACGUCCCUCAGAGAUAGAAGCCCCGCCUCCCGAGAUGCCACCCUGGCAGAAAAGACAAGAUGGUGGAGGUGGUGGUGGAUGGGGAGGCCGUGGUGGCAGAGGAGGUGGAGGAGGAGGCUGGGGACACGGAGGAGGAGGAGGUGGUGGUGGUGGUUGGAGAGGAGGCGGAUGGAACCGAGGAGGACAUAGUGGACAUGGUGGAUAUGGAGGACACGGAGGGAAGAGAGGACGCUACCAGUAUUAAUUUUUACAGAUUUUCUCUUGUGUUUUAUAGUGAGUGAUUCACAUGAACUCAGGUUUCUGUGUUUUCUAUGGAGCAUGAACAUGAGUUUAUUAAAAGACGGACGGAUGGACUUGGCGGCCUCAGUGAUAUAAAGAGUAGUAUAUAAUGUACACAAUUAGUAUGUAGUAUGAAAUUUGGAUAUAGUUAAUGUUUUGAUUAGGUGAGAAUACAAGAUGAAAAAUUCAUCACACAAAAAACAUUUAACCAGCAUAAAUGUUUAAACUUUUCCACUUAAGUGUUAGAGGGAUGUAGGGACAGAAUGAAGAACGUUGAGGACAGGCACAUGUGGACAACAGAUAAACAAAAACUAACCAAGAAAAAAAAAACAUCCAUGUGCAACCCGAUGACUGAAACUGCUGCUGUCUAUUCGAGAACAAGCUGAGGGACAAAAUAAGAAGACUGGACCGAAACACAGGAAGGUUCAACUUCUGAAUCAUACUGUAUUUCCACUGUGUCAAGGAUAAGAGACUCACUCUUAAAAAAAAAAAAAAAAAAAGAAAAAGAUAUUACACAUUUCAGACUGUAAAGUCCUCAAAGAUUCUGUACCAGCUAAUGUAUAUGAUUAUGACUGUGAUUGUUUCUAACCUCUGAAUUUAUUUAAUAAAGACCACUAAUGUAAACACCC